CCUCUGCGUUGUGGCGCAUGCGCGGACCUUCUUCCCCGCUGAGGGAACCUGGAGGGCGCCAUUUUGGUUGCCGCGCGGCGGCGUCGGUGGCCAUCGCACUGCAAACCAUGGAGAAUUACCAGAAGUCCAAGGUAGUGGAGAAGCCUCCUCCCCUCCCUUUCACCAACUUGCCCUCAGACAUCAUUGAAAUGAAAGUGAAGGAUGGAAGCAAGAUCCGGAAUCUGAUGGGCUACGCCAUUGGCAAGAUGGAGCAAGAGACGAUGAGGCAGAUGCUCUUCAGCGGAGUCGGCAAAGCCAUCAACAAGACCAUCACCUGUGUGGAGAUCAUGAAGCGGAGGCUGAAGGGCCUCCACCAGAUCACCAAAGUGUUCUUUCAGCAAAUAGAGGAGAUCUGGGAACCCAUCGUGCCCGAGGCUGGCCUGGACCCCUUGACCGUGAAGAGAAACAUCCCUGCCAUUUGUGUUUUGCUGAGCAAAGACCCGCUAGAUCCUCAGGAGCCAGGCUACCAGGCCCCCGGGACUUUCAAUGCCUUCUGGUUGGAAACGCUGAAUUCGGAGUCCCAGAGUCAGCCGAAAAGGAAGAGAGGUGGUGGGAGAGGGGCCAGCCAUGCAGGAAAACAUCCUUCCUCAGCUUUUUGAGAAGAAUCCAAAAAAUUAUAAGCCUCAAGUCGAGCUGAGUAAAUUACUUGCCUACAGAGCCAAAGAAAACUGGUCGCUUUUCAUGUUGAGAGAGGAAAAUUGAGGAACUUGAUGGAAGGAAAGAGGCUGAUUUAAAGGAAGUAGAAGAAAAGAGGCUUGAAAUUUUGGAACUGCCUGGGUCAGGUUGAUCAUCAGCACCUGGCAAUGUGGUUCCUUUUUUCCUUUCAGAAGGAAAGAAAUGCUCUGGUGGGUUGUUUGAGUUCUUGAAGCAAUAAUGAUUAAAAAAAGAAGAGCCUUCCUGGUUGAGGGAGAUGUGGAGAAUCUGCCUGUUUACCAAGGGGGUAGCUUUGACGUUUGCCUGUUUUCCUCAGGGGAUGACUAUUGAAUGUUACACGAAUCUUAGGAUCUACUUCUGUGAAAGGGCAGGUAUCCUUUGCUUCCAAAAUUUGAUGGUGACAGGAGAAGGGUGCUCUGUUCUUUAAUAAUAUUCUCUGGUUUUAACGCUGGGCUCUCCAAACUUGGCAGCUGUAAGACUUGUAGGCUUCCCAUGCGCUGGCUGGGGAUUCUGGGAGUUGAAGUCCACAAGUGGCCAAAUUUGGAGGCCCCCUGCUGUAACCGAAGCAUCUGCCUUCCUGUGAAGAGAUUGCCUUGUUUGAUACAGCAUAAAGAUGAGACGGUCUUGACUGCCCUACAUGCAGAAGGUGCAGCUUAUUAUGUCUAAAGACGGUUGGAAAAAUGCUGAGGUUAUUUGAUUGUUAAAAAAAAAAGAUUGUACAACAGUACUAUUUUAGUAUAUUUUAUUUAUAGUUUUUUUUUUCAACAUUUGAAAAGGUUUCUUUGGUCUAUGAAAGGGUUGUUGCUAGUUCAGACAAUUGAUCCUUAUCUCCAGUCCUUCUGUUUCCCUCCAUAAGUGGUGCCUGAGUGUUGCCUGAGGAAGUGAAAGAUGUCAUGAAGAGCAUUUUCCCUUUUUAGCUGAUGUAACUCUGGUUCUUCAUUUAUCUGUGAAAGCAUUGAUGCUCCAGAGAUCCUACAUGGGGCAGGAAUUUUAUCUGUGACUGUGUUGACAAUACUGCUGGAUUAUUUGCAUUCAAUCAUAACAUUAAAAAAAAUUCUUAGUACUCUCCAGGCUCACAUCUCGUUUAUUAACAUAACAAAAACCUAGGAGCCUAAAGCCUUAGCUUUCUAGCAUUCUGUUGUCAGUAUCCAACCACAAUUUUCUGAGCUGAAGUGAGAUCUGGUCUUUUGGGCACCACUCAAAAAUAAGUUGGGUGUGUGUUCCAAGUUUCCAGUUUAGCCUACAGCCCUGGAAUAUUCUGGUGGCCUUCCAUUCACUUUCCAGACAGUUUGCUGCUUACCUGUUUCAAGUUCAGUCACAGCAGCUAACGGGCUGAGCUAAGAAAGCUGAGAUUGUAAUGUCAUCUCUGCUCAUGAAGUGACUUUUGUCUCCUAGUUGUGAGAUAAAAUUUCAGAUAAGAGAUCGGUAGUUGAUGCUGAAAGG